ACGUUUCUUCUGAGAUCAAUUGUUUGAUUCAGCAGACAGAAAAAACAAUGUUAUCGUAACUGAUCUUUAAUUAAUUAUCUUUCGUUUCGUUUCAUUUCCUCUCUCUUUGGAGAGUUUGCUACUUCCGCUUCCACUUCCUUCGAAGCUGCAUGGCUUUUUCUCAUCUCGCUCAUAGCUAAUGCCCUCUUCUAUUAUUUCAGUGUAACAAUGGAUAGCGAUGGAGGCUCCAAAUUGAAUGGGAUUAGGCAGAUUGUGAAGCUAAAGGAAAUGCUCCAGAAGUGGCAAAGUGUGACAUUAGGCACCAAACCUUCCAAUUCCCUUUCUGAUCAUGUGACUAAUGAUGAUGGGAGCAUAUCACCAUUGAUCAACAAAAGUGUAUUGAAUGUGAUGAAUUGCGAAUCAGACAAUGAGGACAGUUGCCAAAGCCCUGCAGAACCGCUUCCACCACCUGAUGUUCCGAAAGGGUACUUGGCAGUGUAUGUUGGACCUGAGCUUAGGAGGUUCAUCAUCCCCACCAGUUACCUUAGCCACCCUCUCUUCAAAGUUUUGCUGGAAAAGGCUGCAGACGAAUUCGGGUUUGAUCAGAGUGGUGGCCUCACCAUCCCAUGUGAGAUUGAGACCUUCAAGUACCUUCUCAAGUGCAUGGAGAAUGAGCAGAAAGAGCAACUCGGUGACAGCGCCCCUGGAAGCUCAGGGUCUGUCGAAGAGUAAGUAGUUAUUCCCAUAUUUCUGGGCGACCAAAAUCAUAGGCUGGCUUAAGGUGCAAAAGUGGAUCUCUUUGUAUUUUUGUUCUAAUGUCUUAUGUAUGAUAGAACACACUAGUUAGAAAAAUUUCAUGUGCCUUGGCAGCAAUUUUUGUUAUUAGAUAUUAAACCUUUUUUUAUUUUGUGUUUUGGUAAAGAACUACAGACCUAUGCAUUUUCAUGUUCCACAGAGUCGUGUGCUGUUCUAACUAAACUCAUUUUGUUUGAUCAUAUGUAACAACUUUUAAAUUUUUUAAUGAGCCAUUUAGGAAUGUGAAAA